GAUUCCAUCCAUAAUUCUGCGUUCGAUUUGUACAUGUAACGCAUGCGCACUGCUCGCUCUUCCUUUCUGCUAGCUUCUCCGCCAUGGCGCCCAUUCAGAAGAAGCAGAACACCGGUAAAGGUGGUAAGAAGAAGAAGCAGGUCCUGAAAUUCACUCUGGACUGCACCCACCCUGUGGAAGAUGGCAUCAUGGAUGCUGCCAACUUCGAGCAGUUUCUUCAGGAGCGCAUCAAGGUGAACGGGAAAGCUGGCACCCUGGGAGGCGGUAUGGUCUCCAUCGAGAGGAGCAAGAGCAAGAUUACAGUGUCCUCUGAGGUGCCCUUCUCCAAAAGAUACCUGAAGUAUCUGACCAAGAAGUACCUGAAGAAGAACAACCUGCGUGACUGGCUGCGCGUCGUGGCGAACACCAAGGAGAGCUACGAGCUCCGCUACUUCCAGAUCAACCAGGACGAAGAGGAGGAGGAAGACGAGGAUUAAAAACAACAAUUCAUUUGAUUUUGUACAUUUAAAUAAAUGUUGUUUACAGUACA